UCCUCCCCUCACUUCCUCCUCCUCCUCCUCCUUGUCCUCCCUGUCCUCACUCAGCUCAGACUUCGAAGUCACAGACGGGAGCAGGACACAGAUUUUGCAGGAACUCACACGACAAUGGCAGCUCCAUUGCACAGCCUGAGUUUCAGCAUCAGAGAACCCGGGACCAGCCAUGGGCUUGGAAACCAAGACCCCAGAGAGUCACAACUGAGACUAGUCUUAGUGGGUAAGAUCGGAGCCGGAAAAAGUGCCACAGGGAAGAGCAUCCUUGGGAAGAAAGCGUUUCAUUCCACUCUUGCAGCAAAAUCCAUCACCAAGGUCUGUGAGAAAGGGAGCUGCAUGUGGAGUGGGAGAGAAAUAGUGGUCGUGGACACACCUGGCCUUUUUGACACCGAGGUGCCAGAUGCUGACACACAGAAGGAGAUUGCUCGUUGCAUCCUCCUGACAUCCCCAGGGCCUCAUGCACUGCUCCUGGUGGUCCCACUGGGCCGGUACACAAGGGAAGAGCAAGAGGCCGCACAGAAGGUGCUGACAAUGUUUGGUCCAACAGCUAGGAGAUACAUGAUUCUCUUAUUCACCCGAAAGGAUGACUUGGACGGCGUGGAGUUCUGUGAUUACAUAAAGGAAGCCCCAAAAUUCAUUCAGGAUCUGAGGAAGGAUUUCAAGGAUCGCCACUGUUUGUUCAACAAUAAGGCAACAGGGGCUGAGCAGGAGAGGGCACAGCUGCUGGACCUGGUCCAGCACAUGGUGAUGGAGAACGAGGGGGGAUUCUACACUAACGAGAUGUACCAAAGGGCCAAGGAGGAGAUUCAGAAACACAUACGACUAGUAGGGGAGCAGUGCAGAGCUGAGCUGGAGAGGGAGAAGAAGCAGAUAAUAGAGGAGUAUGAGAAGAAAAUCAGAAACCUGGAGGAUAAACUGGAGCAGGAAAGGAGAAAGGCAGAAAUGGAGCGGGUGUUGGCAGAGAGGGAAAAGCAGUAUGUUUGCAGGCAACGAAAUGCCAGGGGUGAAGUUGAGGGUAAUAGUGGUAUACUUCAGUGCAUCGUGCAAAUAUUCAAGCUUGUCAGUCCUUUGUUACAUUUCUUCUUCAAGUAAAAUUAAGCUCAUUUA